CUCCGCUUCGCGAGUCGCGACCAGUCUUGGCGCGUGAACGAUGCCGGCGAGGGCGGUCCGGUCAGCGCGCGAUUCAUAACCGCGACGAUUCCGGGAAAUUUUGUGCCGCGACGAGAGGGCCGCGCACACGUCGUCGGUUUUCAGCCCAGGCAGGCCCGAUUAUCCCCCUUUGGCUUUGAUUUAAACAAAAAAAAAAGAGCUAACCGCAAAAACGAAGGCAAUACGAGAGUGGGCGGACUAAAACUUAUCCUCUUUCCUCUGCGUGGCACGCGCGGGAUAAAUCUCGGUGGGCGGACCUCUCGUAACGACACCGCACGCCGUGUGGUAAACUACCCUGAACUCUCGUCGUUGCACCUGGGAGGUCGUCCUCUGGGAGGCUGCUACCCCGGCUGCUUUUAUCGACGUGGGGCGGGCGGUGAUGCUUUUGUCUCCCCGACGAAAUCGGGACUUAGCCGCGCGAAACUCGAGAGCCACAUCGAUGCCGAAGUCGGCUACUAAGUGGAGAUUCUGGAGAAAGUCCAAGAGGGCUGUUCUCGAGGAGAACGACAAGAACGAGAGCAAACGCAAGCGCUCGGCACCGCAGGUGGUCGUGACGCAGGUGAUCAGACAGGACUACGAUCAGUUACCGGAACAGAAAGUAGCGGAAGUCGCGAACGCCAGGAGAAAGACGAUGGAGCAUCCGCUGAACAGUCGACUGUCGCCGAAGGUCACGCCGAUCACGGACGACUACGAGAUCAGUAACCAUGUCCUGGGCCUCGGAAUCAACGGGAAGGUCGUGCAGUGCUACGACAAGAACACGAGGCAGAAAUACGCCCUUAAAGUUCUGCAUGAUUGUGCAAAGGCGCGAAGAGAAGUUGAGCUUCAUUGGAGAGCAUCACAUUGCAGGCACAUUGUCCAAGUCAAGGAUGUAUAUGAAAAUACUUACAGCGGAAACAAAUGUCUGUUGGUAGUUAUGGAAUGCAUGGAGGGUGGAGAAUUGUUCCAAAGGAUACAAGACAGGCAAGACGGCGCUUUUACCGAAAGGGAGGCCGCGCAAGUGAUGUACGAGAUCUGCGUCGCGGUGAAGCAUCUCCACGACAUGAACAUCACUCACAGGGAUUUAAAACCCGAGAAUCUUUUAUAUUCUAGACCUGACAUUACUGGAAUACUGAAACUCACCGACUUUGGAUUUGCUAAAGAAACACAUUUAAAAGACACAUUACAGACCCCAUGUUAUACACCUUAUUAUGUUGCCCCGGAAGUUUUGGGACCAGAAAAAUACGACAAAAGCUGUGAUAUUUGGUCAUUGGGAGUAAUUAUGUACAUAUUAUUGUGCGGCUUUCCACCAUUUUAUAGUAAUCAUGGACUGGCGAUUUCGCCUGGAAUGAAAAAGAGGAUCCGAUUAGGACAAUACGACUUCCCUAAUCCAGAAUGGGCAAAUGUGAGCCAAGAAGCCAAGAGCCUUAUUAAGGGUAUGCUGUGUAUAGAUCCAGCGGAAAGGUUGCAGAUCGACGCCGUGAUGCGGAACAAUUGGAUCGCCAAAUAUAUGGAAGUACCCCCUACUCCUUUACAUACUGGACGCGUUUUACGCGAGGGAGAGGAGAUGUGGCCUGAAGUGCAAGAGGAGAUGACGCGAUCGCUGGCCACGAUGCGCGUCGACUACGACACCGCAGCUCUAAAGCAGCUCGAUCACACAAACAAUCCUCUGCUGAAUAAACGUAGGCGCGCGAAACAGUCGGCAAAUAACGCGACGGUGCCCACGGCCGCCAGUCCCACGCCCGCCUCCUAGGAUGAGGACACUGUCAGAGCCAGACGAAAUUGGUCCUGUUUUCUACGGAAAUGUGUCAGAUACAGCAUGAUCACAACGAGGAUCGUUUUCUGACUGUUGCAUUUUACGAAGCGAAAGAAAUUCCGAGGUAGAGUAGUAUCGAAGGGCACCUAGAUCGCAUGAUUUUGUGUUCGCACGAUUUACGCCUAUCGGCGUCUGAUUAUUUAGGUGCGAGAUCAAUUUUAUUAGAACGGUACAAUAACGCAUGUAACAAGGACAAUAUAUUACCCCAGCAAAUGUAAGUAAAUGAUGCCUUUUUAAUUAUUGAAUAUAUCACGGUUUUUUGUCAAAUUGCAAAAUUUUAAAAAAUAUACGUCAUUAAUUAUGAAAUUGAGUAAGCAUUCAUAUAGAAAGUCAAACAUUAUUAAUGCCAAGCAUUAAUGUUUGUCAGUUCAAUCUAUUUCUACCAGACCUAAUAAUUGCCAUUGUUUAAAUAGAAUAGCCUUUACCCUCUGGCGCUAAAUAGAAACAAUAAAUAAACGAUACUGCUGAACGUGUCUUUUGUCAAAUCCUGACAUAAUAUUUCUUAUUGGAAAAUUCUUAAUAAUUAUAUUUAAUUUCUUAUAUUUGAAACAUCUAUAUCUAAUAACAAGAUAUAAGAAAAGAGAAAAUUGUUUUUCUUAAUAAAUUGCUAUUGUAUUUAUCUAAAGGGAAGAAUAUGAAAUCAUAACUUAUUUUUCCUCGAAAAAGUCGAGAGAUGUAUUAUAUCUCAAAAAAAUCCGUCAUCUUUAACAACUGAGUCGAGUUUAGAGCCGAUAAAGAACAACUGGCUUUUGCCAUCUUAUAUUAUUGAUUUAAAUAUAAUAAAUGAGUCAAUUUCAAAUAUAAUAAUUGAUUCAAAUUAUUAUGUCGUUGAGCCAGUAGUAAUUGUUACUAUUCUGUACACAUACAUAUAUUCUAAAAUAGGCGCCGACAAAAAAAGGUUGUUUCAAUCGGGAUUAUUUUAUACAUAAUCCCAAGUAAAUAUAAAUAUAAUGUAAAGACUAUUUAUCCAUAGACUAUUAAGACUAGUUGUAGGCACAAUUGCUUAUAUACGUAUCAUUUCUAAAAGAAUUAUUUGCUGCUUGGAUAAUCAGGCAUCUGUGCAUCACAUUUGUAUUUAUAUCAUCAAAUUAAUAAUGCAUAAUUACGAUCUUUCAUAAUUGUCCCGUCCUGCCUGUUUUAAAUAUAUGUAUUAAAGUUUCAUAUAUAAUUAUUACCGGUUCAAGAUUUUUUUAUCUCACUUUUUACUACUGAUGUAAUUAAUUUAGGUAUUAAAAAUUGAAUUAUUUGUAUUCUGAUAUCUAUUAUAUCUCUAAUAUGUUUUUUUAAUAUGUCUUUAAUUAUAUUUACUUUAAUUAAAUUUGCACUGUUUUUAAGAUUUAUAAGUAAUUACAACAAUAUGCUUGAGUACAUUUGAGUGAUUUAAAUCUGCCUUUUAUUUAGAUUAUGAAUGUUAUGAAUUUUAGAUUUAUUUAUCACCGGUCGAAUGCUAUGAGAUAAGUAGUGGGAUAGUUCCAAUACCACAUUCUUAAAAAUACAAAAAAUAAUAGGUAUAUGGAAAUUGUAUAUAUUUCUACUUAAUUAUUUGAGUGUAUUGUGUCUAUGAUCGUGUAGAAGUGUCGUUAAAUAUUUAUAGAGAUGAAAUGGAAUAUUAUGGAGUUUAUAUGUAUUUUCAGUAUAAAUAUAUAUAACGCGAUAUUCUACAAUAUUAUUAAUAGCCGAUAAAUCAAAUAAAAAAAGAGGAGUUCCAUGUGCCUAUAUAAUUUCAGUCGAACAAAGAUCAUAUUACAAGAUCAUAUUACGUUGUAGAAUAUUAAAAAGAAAUCACUAAAAUGUAUAAUAUAAAAUGUUAUCGCAAAAAGAAUAUGUAAUUGCAAAUUUAACAUAAUAUUUUAAAAGACAGUCAUUUUCUGAGCGCGUCUAAAAUGAUUAACCUAUAGACAUGAAAGAUAUAUUCAUACAAAAUUUAUAAAAAAAAUUAUUCAAAAAAUUUCAGAGAUUGAAAUAUAUUGUGUAUGAAUAAUAUAGUUUUUCAUUAUAUAGAACAUAUACAGUUUCUCGUGUUCUACGUUGAUAAGUUAAUUCACUUUAAUCACAUGAAUAAUAAAAUGCAUAUACAAUUCAAUUUAACACAUUGCAACGAAUUCAAUAGCAAGAUAUUUUUAUAAGUCAAGGAUUCGUUGAAUCAUCUGUAUUUACAAAAGUUGACAAUAACUGCAAACAAUUGUCCUAACUUUCAUAUCAUUACUUCGUUACUUAUGCAAUUUAUAGUUCUCUGUAUACCACGGCGAUGAAAUCAUAUAUUUUUAACAUGUGACGACGCUGUAUAUUUCCAUAGACUGUAACGCGUUUAUAGAAAUAUGUAUGAUCAAAGUGAUGUUAUAAGUAAAAAUUAAAUAAGUAAAACAGGA